AUGAGGAAACAGAAGGCAGUAGAGCCAGAACUGAAUCCGGAUCUCGUCCCCGCACCAUUAUUUUCUCCCCGAACCUCACACAACUUGCCACACCUGGUCGAUAUGGACAUUGACGAGCCGUCCGUGGCCAUUCAUCGACAUGACGACCUCUUCUGGAACAGCACGCUAGAAGAGAAGGACGACCAAAUCGUGCCAGAGCAUGAUAUUCUGGGCAGAGUGGAAGGGACGCGCAGGGCAUAUUGGGUGAAGGACUUGCCACAUGCUGGGGAACCCCCAAGAGACGACGAGGUCACCGACACUCCUAGCCACGGUGGCCCUGCAGCGCAAGACUUCGCCUUUGAAGAAAGCGCUCCUUCAAGCCUGUCGCCUGCGUCGCAGUUCUCGAACUGGGAUCUUUACGCACCGCCUACGCCGCCCACGCCCUCCUGGCCUAGACGAUCGGAUUCUUUCAAACGCACACAUUUUGAGCCGGUUGUUCUGCCACACAAUCAUGUAUACGAAUCGCCGGAUCUACUCAUCGGACAGGAUGAGCGUCCAUACGAUCCGCAUAUAAUGCGUGGUGGUGGACAGUCGACCACAGUCGAACUCAAUUUGCCGUCUCAUGUAUUGGGUAACAUCACCGCUUUCGCUGGGACAGAUCCGUUGAAGAAUCAUGGCCAGAAGACGGCAUAUAAAGCACUUCCUACGGUCGGUUUCAAGGUACAUGAGGAGCCUGUCGUGCAAGAUGGCGAGACACAGGGUACGAUGCUAAAUUAUUCGUUUCCGUGGAACGGUGGCCCUCCAAGACCAAGUACGGCGAAGUUGGAGGCUGUGUAUCUGCCGCCCGGAUCAGCGGCAGAAGCUUCGAAACCUACGUCUACGUCCGUAUCUUCGGCACCUACACGAAUACAUGCACUCGAACAACCUUCCACAGCAUGUGCACCUGACAUCACAGAGCAUCCAGCUUUCAAGAACGAUCGAGCAGCCGAAGGCCCUACAUUGAGCAAUGGUGUCGGAGAGGAAGAGCUUACUAAAUCACAGAAGCAGGUACCCAUAACAUCCAAAAACGCGAAACCUCCGCUACCGCCUAGAAACGGCGUUUAUAUUAACACUGCACUUGAAAGGCCUUCAACGCAAUUGCAUUCUCCAUCUCCAGUGCGCAAUGGCAGAUCCCACAUACUGCCUUCUCUCCACCAGGACUACGCCUUCCCCUCCACAUCCUCAACGGCACCACCAACGGACCCCCAUCCCCCAGGCUUUACCACAGACAAUGAAAUCCACCUCCACAAUUCGUACGAUGCAAACGUCCACGCCAUCCUCAAUUACUACGACCAGACCUUACUAGCACAAGCAAAAUCCAUCCGCCACCUCCACGCCCACAUCGACCAACUCACCGAACGCUGCGACUACUACGAGCACGACCUCCUCCCCAAAACCCUAACCCACUGGUCCGAAACCAACCGCGAGAACCACGUCCUCGCUGCCGGGCUGAGGCAAAACGAAGAAGAAAACGCCUUACUCUGGGGCUUCCUCGAGUUCUCUCGGAAAGUGCUCCAUCUGUGCUGGCAAAGGGACCAGGCGGUGCUGCAUACGGCGCAGACGAUGCGCUUGCGGAAGAUGAAUCGCGCGAAUUGCGCAAUGUUGGAGAGGCUGGUGAAUAGCUUUGGGCCCGGGAGGAGGGGGAAGGAGAGGAAGAGAGGGGAGAGCCCGUUUAGGGAGGAUUUGGAGCAGUUGGUUUUUGUGUGUGAGCAGAAUAUGAGGUUGUUGGGGAGGAUUUGGAGGAUUGGAAUGGGAAUCUUGAGGUGGUGA